UCCGGCUUCAUCUCUCUUCCACUUCGCCUCUUUAUCUCCACUCAGCUGUAAUAAUCCUCACCGCAGCGCCUGCUGUUAUCAGUGGCUUUCAGAAGCUAUUAUACUCCAGACGCGUUACGACCAGAAAUAGCAAUAAUUCCUGCUGUUUAUUUAACGUAAAAGUCGUGUGUGGAUUCCCUUCAUGGCGCUGUGGACUGGUGUGGAGAGUUAGUUAGGUUCGUUACUCAGUUGUUUAGUUGUUUUAUGUUCAUUAUCCGCCGCCUCAGUUUAGUUUUACCUCUGUGUCAGUGAGCUGUGGGAAGAGAACCAUGGAUGGCGGGCCACAGUGAUGGAUUUGAGCAGUUUAGUCCCUGUCUGACCUGCUGGCUCUUUGUUUUAAAACAUCAUUCAUGCAUUUGAUCCCCCGGCUCUGGAGACGUGACGUGCCCUUCUCCGAGAGGAUUGGCGAGGUCUCAGUAGCUGCAAUGGUUCCAGGAUCUCCAUCUACAGUGUCCCCAGCUGGACCCAACAUUUCAUGGCUCCCUGAGGCACCACUGCUCACCCCUGAUCAACCUAUCUUCCUCAUGACAACCACAGCACAGGCUGUGUCUGGCUUCUUUGUGUGGACAGCGCUGUUGUUUACCUGCCACCAGAUCUACAUGCACUUGCGUUAUUACAGUUCUCCAAACGAGCAGAGACACAUAGUGCGCAUCCUCUUCAUCGUUCCCAUUUAUGCAUUUGACUCCUGGCUCAGCCUUCUCUUCUUCACCAACGAUCAGUACUACGUUUAUUUCGACACAGUCAGAGACUGUUACGAAGCAUUUGUGAUCUACAACUUUCUGAGCCUUUGUUAUGAGUACUUGGGAGGUGAGAGUGCCAUCAUGUCUGAGAUCAGAGGGAAGCCCAUCGAGUCCAGCUGUGUCUAUGGGACUUGUUGCCUUUGGGGAAAAACCUAUUCUAUUGGCUUCCUCAGAUUCUGUAAACAGGCCACACUUCAGUUCUGUGUUGUGAAGCCCCUGAUGGCGAUGGUGACAGUCAUCCUGCAGGCCUUUGGAAAAUAUCGUGAUGGAGAUUUCAAUGUGGCCAGUGGAUAUCUGUACGUGAGCAUCAUCUACAACGUCUCAGUCAGCUUGUCCCUGUACGCGCUCUUCCUCUUCUACUUUGCUACCCGAGACCUGCUCAGCCCCUACAGCCCUGUGCUCAAAUUUUUCAUGGUCAAAUCAGUCAUCUUUCUUUCCUUUUGGCAAGGUAUGCUGCUGGCCAUCCUGGAGAAAUGUGGUGCAAUUCCAAAGAUCAGCUCUGCCGAGGUGACCGUGGGUGAGGGCACUGUAGCCGCUGGCUACCAGAACUUCAUUAUCUGCAUUGAGAUGUUCUUUGCUGCCCUGGCCCUGCGUCAUGCCUUCACAUACAAAGUGUACAUGGACAAAAGGCUGGAUUCACAUGGCCCUCUGCCAACAUAUGGACAGUUCGGUCGAACGGCCCCUAUGAAAAGCAUCUCCAGCAGUCUGAAGGAGACUAUAAACCCUGGGGACAUGGUCCAGGAUGCAAUUCACAACUUCUCUCCAGCUUAUCAACAGUACACUCAACAGUCCACUUUGGAACAAGGGGUCAAAGCUCCACCCCUCUCCCGUAGCCAUAGCUGUUUGAGUGCGCAGGACACUGAGAAAACUCUCCUGCUCAGCUCUGAUGAUGAGUUUUAGCCCCAGUGUACGCUCCCACAAACAUCCAAAUAUAUGUCGAUAUAGAUUCUGUGCUGCAAUGAUGUACUGGUAGUUAUCUUGGGGACACGUCAUUUCAGGACCACAUGACAACUAGUCCAACGAUUCCCAUGUUGGAGUAUUAUAAUUAUCGCUGCUUAUUGUUUCAUUGUUAUUGAUGUGGUGAAACAACAAACACUUUUGUGGAAGCCUUUCGGUAUGUUCUGCCUUGGAAGUGGUUGAGUUUAAGAGUAAGCUUUUUUCCCCAGUCAUUAAUAGGAAAUAUUUAGUCAGCUUAUUAAGUGCUUCUCAGCAUUUUUACAUAUUGAUACUUGAAUUGAUUUGAUCUUUUCUGAAGGAAUUUACUUAUAGAGUGACAGAAAAAUGUAACUCUGCAUACUCAACAUCUGAGGAUUUGUAAUCCCUAAGUAAUGUAUUGGAGAGAUUGGGAUACAGAAGAGUUUGAGCUUUGUCAUUGUUUUCCAUAUCGAAGCCAAGCUCUGUGUAAGAUGGCCAGUGUUUAAAGUUGAUAUAAAAAGGGUUAUAGGGAGUUAGCAGAACAGGGAAUUUAUAUCCCACCAUCGUUUUGUGAUCGAUGAAUCGGGGACUGAGUGGAGUUGCAGUUAAUUUGGCUUGAUGAGAUUACGAGCAAUCUGCUCUCGCUUUGGGUUCAGGCGUUUUAGCAGACUGGAAUAUUAUGUUGUAACUGGGCCACUGUUUGACAUUAACACAUCUGUAAUAGCUUAGACACUCAGGAUCUAGCAGUAUCUUGGCAGUAAAUCCUAUAUCUGGGUUAGCUGGGGUAAAAUAAACACUGCUGUAGUUAAAUGCUACUUAAUCUGCAAAAUCAUAAAAAUCUAUUCGUAUGCUUAUGAUGGCAGUUUGCAUGGAUCCUCUAGAGUCGGCCUGCUCAUAGUUAAAUAGGUCCAUUAUUUUUUUUUGAGGGCCACUAGAGGGAAGCAUGUGCACAGAAUGAGGACAUCAGCACCUUAUCGCAGUAGGACAUAUUAGCUGCUAUACUGUGUAUCUGAGGGCCAAGUUCAUAUUUCCUUCCUGUUCUUCUGUCGUUUUUCUUUAUUUCAUUUAUUACGUUAGCACUACAGCCUUUCUGGCCUAGCCUGUUGUGCAGAUUGCUCUAUCUUUAGCUUAUCGUUUAGCCUUAGAGUGAAAUGUGUCUUUCCUGCUCUUAUUUGUGCAAUAGAGGCCAGUAUAAAUGAUCUAGCUACAGCAUACGAGUACAAGUAUUUAUGGUACCUGCUUUUUAGUAUGUAAGUUUUUGGAUUGUAUUCCUAAUGGAGGAUUUCUGAAAAUAUUUAUCAUUAAUGCACUAAACCCGGUCCGAAUCUUUUGAGUAACUCGUUCCAGUCGUUUAUACAGUGGGCAUCCAAACAUUCUCUGUAUUCAAAUAAUUACAACACAAUUUCUUUACUGUAAGGAAGCUAAUCUCCAAAUUGUUCUAAAUGAUUGAGUGUAGUACACCAGCGGUGUAGAGGGUGGUGCUGCCACAUCACAGCUCCAGGGUUAUUGCUUUGACUGUCUGUGUGGUGUUCUUCUACACGUUCUCACUGCAUUUGUGUGGUGGUUGUCCAGAUUUCCCCCCAAAAAAAAUGCUGGUAGGUUUAUUUACUUACUCCAGGCAUGAAUGAGUGUUUGAAUCAAUGUGGGUGUGUCCGGCUUUGUGACGGACAGGUGUCUAAGGGCAUAUCUCUGCCUUCAGAGGAAUCCAGAUCCACCUCCUCAAUGGCCAGGGUACAGUAGUAACUAAACACGGUCAGUUCUAUCUGAACUUGAUCUAGGCUAUCACAGCCUUUUGUACACUACAAUAUAUUUUACAGUUAAAGCAAUAGCUGGCAUGAUAGGGUUAAAUGCUUUGAUAUUUUUUACAUUUUUAAUGUGCCAUUGUAUAUUUUCCUGCAAAGAUGAUGCUUCUAUUUUUCCUUGUGAUAUCCCUACAAAAUAAUAAAUAAGGGUUUUGUCUGUA